AUGCCUUGCAGCAUUCGUGGGAAAUUUGGGAGUGAGUACAGUGACCAGAGCGGAAAUCAAAGGAGCUAUUCAAGGGCUCCAAAUGGCUUGGUCCAGAGGCUAUCGGAAAGUUCAUCUCCAGGUGGACUCCAUGACGACUUAUCUUUUCUUCACGGCAAAGGAUCACAGCAAUGA